AUGGAGAAAUUGUUAGCAUUCGCGACUGAAUUACAGGCUCAAGGAGGUGGAUCUACCAAUCCUCCUCCUCCCUCGAAUAAUCAAAAUUUGGAUACUUCUGUUUUGGAUCAUAUAUUUGGGUCAAAUCCUGCAGAUGAAAUGAGACAUGCUAUGGACGGCAUUGAGGACGAGUCUGUCCCCCUCGACCAAAAGGAGAUUGCAUUCGACAACUUGGAAAUGCUUGUUGAACAAAUCGAUAAUGCGAAUAAUUUGAAGCCAUUGCAGAUGUGGCCUCGUUUAUUGAAGCAACUCGAAAACCCCGAACCAUCUCUUCGAAAACUAAGCGCCUGGGUUAUUGCUACUGCUGUGCAAAACAAUCCUCGUUCUCAAAACGAUUUAAUUGAAAAUGAUGGUUUGACAAAGCUGUUUACUAGUUUGCACAAGGAGGACUCGGAUGAAGCCAGAAGUAAAAUUUUGUAUGCUAUCACCAGUGAGCUGAAACAUAACGAACCCGGCGUUCUUUCACUCGACAAGAUAGAGAAUGGUUGGAACCAAUUGGAUGCUAUCCUUGAUAUGAAACAUUCCAACAUGACCAAGCGUGUGAUCUUUUUCUUUAAUUCCCUGUUAAUUCAAGAAGACAAGUCAAAACAGGUUCUUUUAGAGAAAGCCAAAACCUAUUCUUUUACAAACAAGGUUUAUCAAUUUGCACUACAACACUCCUCCGACGAAGACUGCGUCGCCAAAGCACUACACACACUUGCCUUGUUUUUCAAACAUAACUUGAGUGUCUCCGAUGUACAAAGUUUUGUAAAAUCUGUCAAGGAAUUCCAAAGCACUUACCCUGAAAUCUUCACUACCGAAGAAUGGAAGUCUUUCCAUGACUCGCUGGAAAAGUCUUUAUAA